CGAGGUUUGAAUGUCUGUUGGGCAUGUACUACGCCUGAUUUUGACAACGAGAUUUCACACCUGUGAUCAUUCAUAUUCAGAAUGGCCGAAAAUAAUCCGGAAGAUUUUGGUGAAGUCCCACAAGCAAGACAAAGACGAUACACCUUGCCAAGUGUUGGAAUUAUAACCAUCUUUCCAGUAAUCGUGUCUUUCCUUUGUUGCGUAACAUCGGAUGAACCAUGUCUGAAGUCCAUCAAAUCUUUAUUCUAUACGUUCAUCGUUUCCUGUGCUGCCAUACUUGUUGGCAGAAUGAUACGCCGCUCAUGCCUGAUAUUUGAAGAGAAACAUCAUCUGAAUACACGUUACCAUGGGAAUUGGUCUAGGAUGUUGAAUGCGAUAGAUAAUCGAAAAGAUGAUGUAGGCUUACUUGUGUUCGUGUGUAUAGGGGUGGUAUUAUGCAUCAAUGAUAUGAACUUAUUUAUGGUCAAUAUCAAUACACUUAAUAUUUUUGCCGCUAUUUCUGUGAUUCCGCUAGUAUUUGACCUGAUUAACCUCAAUGAGUUGUCUGAAGUUGAACGCAGUGAACUUGGUGAACGUAGCUCUCAGAGUGUUGCACAUGGUCUUGCGUGGUCCUACUAUUUUGGGUACUUGAAGAUUGUUUUGCCAGAAUUGAUCAACCAGAUAAAUGAAUCAGAGAAAUGGAGUAAUUUAUUCAUUGGUGGAGAACUCUUGCCUAAAGUAUUUGCACUUAUUCCUAAAACUGGAUUUAUGGUGGGUGAGAUCUGUGACGAUAGAAAGCAGAUGAUCUAUGUAGAUGACGAAGAAGAAGACGUAUUACCCCCAUUGUUUAUGGAAAGAGGUGGAGUGAAAAAAAGAGUGUAUCGGAACACAGUAUAUACUAUAAAGGACCAAGAUGGAAGGGAACACUAUGCGAUAAUGGAGUACGUUACACCAGUGGAUACUAUAUAUAGAAUGAAUCAACACAGAGAGGCUGGUAUGUCAGAAGACGAAAAAGACAUGCAAAUUAAAUUAUUAUAUCGGUAUUUGAAAGAGAUAACUGACAAGGAGGAAGAUUGUAGAGGGCGCUUUGUAUUAGUGCCCAUUUCCGGUAAAGAAAAACAUCAUGAAUUACGUGACAUCAUGUUAGAUGCAUUGGAGAAGGCACGUUAAUGUCAUGGGUACAGCCAACUAUUUAUGUAAUUGUCUAGGGUCUGGCAUGUUGAACUAACAAAUCAAGACCAAAGAAGAUAUUAAACGUUAUUCAUCACCUGACAUCGCAUAGGAACUUUCUCAACUCCCUUCGAAAUUUGUUUCUUUUUGUACCUGCUCGACACAUGCGUUGUCAGGUCUGGUUUCUUCUCAAUGUGUUUUACUCUGCCCGCAAAAUAUUUCUGUGAAUUGCAUUAUACGUGACCGCGUAUGUGAUCAAAUUGUCCUGGCCAUG